AUGGCAGCCAUGUUUGCCAUCGAGGCGCUCUGCUGGAACCAGUUCAUCAUGUCCAACGAUUACGACUGCGAGUAUACCGGUCUCUACAAGAUUCUCGACGGGAAGACCUGGAUCGGGAGCGUCCAUCUGACACAUACUACAGCCACAGAUAUCAUCGCCCGCCCGGAAGUACCGUUCGAGUUCAUCGUUUUGUCCAAGACCGGAGGCGAGAGAGAACCGAUCAACGUCUCCGUCAAGCCGCACGACGACGACGCCGCCAACAUUCUUCUAUGCUCGGCGGAUCUUCUCGAGACCUCUUCGUGGGACGUCUAUAAUGUGAUGCUGGUCCGCUGGGAGCAAGGGACUGCGUAUCGCCGAAGGAUCGGCCAGAUCCAUAAGGCGUCGUUUGAUGCUGCGGACUGGUCGAUGAAGGAUAUACGGCUUGGCUGA